AUGGGUGGGGGUGAUCUUAAUAUGAAGAAGUCCUGGCAUCCUCUCCUGCUGAAAAAUCAGGAGCGGGUAUGGCUAGAGGAGAAGAAAGCGCUGGAAGAGAAAAAGAAACUUGAUCAACUUCGGAAGGAGAAAGAAGAAGAGCGUCAACUACAAGAACUUCAGCGACUACAAGAAGAACAGACUGGGAAGAAACGGACAGAAAAGCUGGAAUGGAUGUACACGACUCCCGCUACAGGAAGUAGUCAGAACUCAAAUGACCUCGAGGACUACCUAUUGGGCAAAAAGAGGGUAGACAAGAUACUCACUGCUGACGAGAAUGCGAAGCUCGGUGCAUCGCACAAGAACUUUAUAGCAGUCCAGAACGCCAAUACUGCCCGCGACAUUGCUGCCAAACUUAGGGAGGAUCCAUUAUUCGCCAUCAAGCAACAAGAACAGGCUGCCUACGAAGCGCUGAUGUCCAAUCCUCUUCGUCUGAGGGCAAUGCAGGAGCGAAAUGGUAUCAAACCCAAGAAGGAUAGGAAGGAAGGAAAACGGGAAAAAGAAGAAAGGAAGAGGCUCAGACGUGAAAGAAAGGAAGGGAAACGGCGUGAACUGGACGACAGGUAUUCACACUCUCUUAGCCCCUACGACGAUGAGAGGUCAUACCGGCGAAGGUCUCGAUCCCGAGAUCAUCAUCAGAAUCGGCGCUCCUCCAGUCCUUACGAAAGGAGGCGCUCUCCCCCGCCUUAUUCUCGUGGGGACAGUCGUCGACUUGAACACCAUAGUGACAGGCCCCGCGACAGUCGCGGCCCGGAACAUUGGUACAGAGAUACCGAUGAACCCCUUGAAGAUGAAGGUUAUGGGUCUCGUAGUAGACCUAGCUCAGAUGAAAAUAGGGCUGAUCGAGACGUCGGCCGCCGCAGAUCGAGAAGUCGAAGCUUCGACCAAGGUUACAGGAAACGAUCUCGGAGUCCCAGCCCACGUCAAGAAGGUUAUCGCUCGCAUAUAAAUGCAAAGAGGCCCCGCACUCUACCCCGCGCUGAAAAUCAUCGCUCAGCUGCACCUCCGCCUCCGCCCCAGCCCAUCAGUAACCGUACAGCACGCCUAGCGGCGAUGACUUUCGAUGCUAAGGCCAUGGACGUUGAACGCCAAGAACGUUUAAAGGCUCUGUUGGAGAAGGAAAAGGCGGAAUUGGCCGCUGAUGAAGCGGCUAGGCUGAAGUCAAAAGGCACGGGCGACUUCUUAAGCCACGAACAGAAGAAAGUCUUCGGCGGAUCAGGUGGUUUGGAAGAGCGGAUCCGCAGAGGGCGAGGCGGCAUGCUCAUUGACGCGGACUGA